AUGACGGAAGCCAUUUCAGAGAUGGGGUGUCUCAUAGAGUUGACGUUGGACCUCAUACUUUACAAAGUUUACAGUGCGCAACUACAGGUUGAAAUCCUCGUUCGAAAAGUGAAGACGUAUAUCGAAACAGCUAACGAGUACGAAACCAGCGUAAUAGAGGGUUACGUUGAUCGCUACAAAAUACACUUCAUAGUGAUCGUGUCUCAGUACGUCUCCACUGGAACUCUGUUCAAUUUGAUAGCCUUGUACAUGAGACGCCGACUACCACUCAAUGGUUGGUUUCCGUUCUCCAUGGAACGCGAUGUGGUAUACUACUACAUUUUCUGUGUGGAAGCCUAUACCGUUUUCCAAAUAUCGUUCAGCAUCUUCGCCGACUUCGUGAUCGUCGGCCUGAUCUCGUACAUCGCGGCCAGGCUAGAUAUAUUAGGCUCCGAGAUGAAACAAAAUAGUCGGUUAGGUGCUUACGUAGAUUGUAAAGUGAAACAUGAUGGUAGAUUUUUCGAGGAUACUACAGCUGCUGUUCAGACUAUAUUAUUUAAAACGAACAUCACGAUGGGAGGUACGGUCAUAUCCGCGGUUUUGUCCCUGCUUUACGUUCGAAACCAAUCGUUGCUUACGGCGUGUCAGUAUUUGGGAAUGGUAAUGGCGGGAUAUGGACAUAUGUGGAUUAUUACUUGGCCGGCGAAUGACUUGACGGAAAGUAGUCUGAAGUUUGCAAGAUCGCUUCAUGACAUCCCAUGGCUAGGAAAGUCUCGCAGAAUGAAGAGUGCCAUACUAAUUAUGAUGCAAAGGUGCCAAAAACCGUUUCUGAUUACGAUGGGUGGCUUGCUUCCGGUCUUAUCAUUGCAGUACUUCUCUCAAUUUUUGACCAACGUGUUUUCGUACUUUAUGGCGAUGAGGUCCAUGCUGGAAUAA